AUGUCCAGACAAGAGCUAUAUUCACCAGAAGGUCUCCGUAUGGAUGGUAGAAGAUGGAAUGAACUCCGUCGCUUUGAAUGCCGAAUUAAUACUCAUCCAAACUCAUCAGAUGGAUCAUCAUAUGUUGAACAAGGUAAUUCUAAAGUUGUCUGUAUAAUCAAUGGUCCUAUGGAACCUCCUACAAAAGCACAGUUAUCAUCCACAAAGGCAACUUUGAACAUCAAUUUAAAUAUCACACCAUUCAGCUCUAUUGAUCGUAAGAAAAGAUCUAAAAAUGAAAGAAGAACACAAGAAAUCGUUACAUCACUGAAAAGAACUUUUGAACAAUCUAUCAUUACAAAUAAAUAUCCAAGAACUACCAUUUCUAUAAAUAUCCAUGUUUUAGCCCUUGAUGGUGGGUUGAUUGCCUCUAUAACAAAUGCUAUAACUUUGGCUCUAAUAGAUGCUGGUAUUGCAAUGUAUGAUUAUAUUAGUUCAGUUUCUGCAGGUUGGUAUGAUAAUACACCAUUAUUAGAUUUAAAUUCAUUAGAAGAAAAAGAUGUUUCGUUCCUAACUAUUGGUGUUGUUGGUAAAAGUGAGAAAUUGGCUUUAUUAAUUUUGGAAAAUAAAAUACCCUUGGAUCAAUUGGAAUCUGUUUUAGCAAUUGCAGUUGCAGGUGGUCAUAGAAUUAGAGAUAUGAUGGAUAAUGAAGUGAGAAGACAUGGUGAACUACGGUUAUCAAAAGUUGCCAAUAAAUAG